UUGUAGAUAAUUAAAGCAGUCCUAGACUUAAAUUUCAAGAAAAUAUAACUUAAAAAAAACCUAAAAAUUAAUUGAAAUCUUGCUUAAAAUAAGACAUACGACGUCAAGAUGACACUAGAAGUCCAAGAUAGUAACAAAAAGCGCUCCAUAAAAAAAAAAAAAAAAAAAAAAAACAAAUUCAAGCGUAAACCAAUUUGGCAUUUCUUUGAUGAGCGCACUACAAAGAAUUGUAGCUAAAUUUAUUAUAUAAAGGUGGGAGGAUGUCGGCCAGAAAAAGACUUAGGGCUUCUACGCAGGAGUGGUGCGAUCGGAACUCGAAACCAAAGUCUCCGAGACUCACUCCCCGUGUCCGUCCGGAACCAACUCGAUGGCAAAAACCGGGUCCCAUGGACCGAAACGAUUGGGCCAACUUUCAUAGUCGUUACCAAAUAGAAGCUGCGGCUGCGGUGGAGAAUGUUUUAAGAAUGGAAGGUGGCAUACAGAAAAAAUGCGGAAAAGUAUGCAAAGAGAAAAAGACUUCAGAGGAUAUUGAAUCUUUGAAGGAAAACGAGCAGCGACUGAGCAUGCCGCGUUGGCAGCGUAAGAAGUAUAUCCCUCCGCCACCGGAGGAAUAUCCCUAUCGACCUCGAAUAACUGGCAAACCCGUCCAGUGUCCGGAACGUGGAAGACCCGUGAAAAGGACUGCGGUUCCUCACUGCUUCCAGCAUAUAGAGCUUGAGAUUGAGUUUUGGGCCAAUCUGCGGUUCCCUGUCUCGCAGAACGCACUCAGAGCCUCUCCCAAAAAAAAGAUCCUUGAACUGUCUCGGCCGCGGAAAUGUCCACCGAAACCCCAUUGCCCGGGGCCCAACAAUUCCGAGGAUCAAAUGCCAAGACGCCGGAAAAUGUCACCGCGACAGUGGCGACUUCAUCUGCAGCGCCUCGAAUUUCUGUCCAGGCCAAAUCAACGUGUUUUGGCCGAGCUAUUGUGCUGCUGUACCUAAAUUAACCGAAAAGCUCAGCCCUAAACUACAGAUUCUUUAACUAAUGGAAACCAAGUUCUCCAUUUAGUAAAAUUAACUGUAGUUUAGAGUUGAGCCCUUUGGCUACAACUCAAAUUUAAACUAUGAAAAAUAAAACUAGCAUGAAUAUAACUCUUAA